GACUGCGUAUAGAAUGCUGAGUCUCUGAUCUAGCCUCAGACUGAGAACUAGCACCGGGUCUCCGCUGUGGUGGGCUACCGAAAACCUUGUUUUGAGAUGCCCAUACUGACACCGUAACUCGUUCGACUUCGAUGACUAUGUCAGUUCCACACCGUAGCCGGAAGGCGCUGUCAAAGGGUGUACCAACCUCGUGUCCCUGACCAUUCCUCCAGGGCCGGGGACCCCCCGUAUAUAAGCGCAUCCCUCUGGUCCGUGUUCACACCGUGCCGUCCUCGAAGAUGUCGGCUUCCAUUGUGGUGCUCUUGGUUUCGGCCGUGGUUUACCUUAUCUCAAGAGUGGCUUCUCGUAACCGUCAUCUCCCUCCCGGUCCAUCUGGACUGCCUAUCAUAGGAAAUGCCCUACAAAUGCCGACGAAGAACGAAUGGGUCAUAUUCGCGGAUUUGGCGAAGAAGCAUGGCGACAUUAUGCAUCUGUCGGCUCUCGGAAAAUCAAUCAUACUUCUCACGUCUCGACAAGCUAUCUCGGACCUGCUGGAGAAGAGAGGCCACAUUUACUCUGACCGCCCCAUCAUGCCUAUGGCGUCUGAGAUGAUCGGAUACUCCCGCUUCACCGUGUUGUGCCCUUAUGGGACCAUUCUCAAGGAAAGCCGCAAACUCAUCGGUGGGACCAUCAAUGCGCGGAAUGCUCCUCAAUUGCAGCGUGUCAUCGAAACGAAAAUACCGCAACUCCUUUCGAGGCUUCUCGCCUCUCCGAGCGAUUUUAGGCCUCAUCUGCGAUGGCUAGUCGCCAGUAUCGUCUUGCAGAUCACGCAUGGUCGCGAUAUAAACGACUCGAGUGAUCCCCUAGUCCAGCUUGCAGAGCUGGUCAAUGCGCAAUUCUCGGCUACCGCAACUCCGGGUAAAUUCCUCGUGGAUGUUUUUCCGUUUCUGCGACAUGUACCAGACUGGCUUCCCGGUACCGGAUUCAAGGCUUUGGCGAAGGAGGCCCGUCACACUCUUGAGAGGAUUCUUGAUGAGCCUUAUCAUGAAGUGAAGGAACAACUGGCGCGUGGCACAGCGGUGCCAUCCUUCACUUCAGACAUCAUUGAGAAGAAUCCUAAUCCGAGUCCGGAAGAGCUGUUCAUAAACAAGAUGGCGUCGACUCAAUUCUAUCUUGCGGGCGCUGACACGACUGUGUCCGCGCUCGAAUCCAUGUUCCUAGUGCUAGCGCUUUAUCCGGAAGUUCAGCGGAAGGCACAGGCCGAGGUCGACGCAUCAUUAGGGUCCCAUCAGCUGCCGAAGUUCAGCGACAACGACAGUCUUCCGUAUGUAACUGCGCUUGUCAAGGAAAUACACCGGUGGAAGCCUGUGGCGCCCCUAGCUCUUCCUCAUAUGGCCAUGCAGGAUGACACCUACGACGGCUACCAUAUUCCCAAGGGCGCCACGAUCAUUGCAAAUUCAUGGGCAAUUCUGCACGACUCGUCUAUCUACCCGGAUCCUUUUGAGGUGAAGCCAGAACGGUAUCUUGAUCGGAAGAGGGAGGAUAUCAAUCCCGACCCCGAAACAUGGUCCUUUGGAUACGGUAGAAGGGUAUGUCCUGGACAGAUCCUCGCAAAUGACACGGUCUUCCUAGUCACAGCGACUAUUCUUGCCACUUUCAACAUCACGAAUGCCAGAACUCUUGACGGACAUGCCAUUGACAAGAAUGUCGACUAUGAGGGAGGGAUAAUUACCCAUGCACCUCCGUUCACUUGUACGAUCACACCUCGCUCGGCAGACAUGGAGCAGUUCAUUGCUGCCAUUCUUGGUACACAUGACCAGAGCUGAUCGAGUUACACCGGCAGCGCCGCCCGCGUGCUCAGCAAGCUUCGACCGAUGUACAGACCAUACCUAGCCAUUAUACCGCCUGUCUACAGGGUGCUAAGAACCGCUUGACGCUGCAUCGCGCGGGCCUGUCAGGCAUUUCCAGUUCAAGGACAGAGGACACACAAACCGAUCUCGUCAGGAGCUCAACAGCGAAAAACGCCCG